AUCAGGGAAAGAUAUCCAAAACCCAAAAGGGGAGAAGAGAAGAAUGACGAGCAAGAAUGUGGAGUUAGAGUUGGUGUGGCUGAUUCUGGCAGCGGUGAUAGGAGCUUGUGUUUUUCUAUUUGAUUUUCCCAAGAAAAUAAAUGAAUGGUACUAUGUUAUACGGUUGGGGAAGAAGAAGCAUAGCUAUCUCCCGCCGGGAGAUAUGGGUUGGCCUUUCAUUGGGAAUAUGAUUUCCUUUGUCAGAGCUUUCAGAUCCCAAAACCCUGAUUCCUUCGUCAACAACCUUGUUCAUAGGUAUGGUCACACUGGUAUUUACAAAACGAGUUUGUUCGGGAAUCCCAGCAUCAUAGUUUGCAGCCCCGAACUUUGUAGGAAGGUUUUGACUGACGACGAGCGGUUUGAAUACGGCUACCCUUCGUCUUUGAACAAUUUACUCGGGGAACAUAGGUCUUUACAUAGUGUUUCAAAUUCAGAGCACAGGUAUUUGCGCAAGUUAUUAAUUUCACCAAUCAAUGGCCAUGAAUCACUCUCCAAACAUAUUGGGUAUAUUGAAGAUGUUGUGGUUUCUUCCUUGGAAGAGUGGGCACAUAAUAACUCUCCCAUUGAACUCUUAACUGAGUUGAAAAAGAUCAAUUUCAAAGUCAUGACGAGAAUUCUCAUGGGCUCUGCUGAUUACAUUUCCGAGUCAAUGACCAAGCAGUAUGCACAACUAUUCCAAGGACUGAUGUCGCCGCUGCCCAUCGAUGUACCCGGCUUUACAUUCCAUCGAGCGAUCCAGGCUAGAAAGACAUUGUUAAAUGUUUUUCAAGCUCAUCUGGAUGAAAGAAAAUGUAAGAACGAUGAUGGCCUGAACAUUAAAAAGGGCAUGAUUGACCUACUCUUGGAAGCUAAAGACGAAGAUGGUGAAAAACUGGAUAACGAACUGAUCGUUAAUUUACUACUGGGGUUCUUGUUAGCGGGUCACGAAACAACUGCGCAUGCUGCAUUGUGGCUCACCGUUUACCUUCACAAUCAUCCCGAAGUUCUACAAAAAGUCAGGGAAGAACAAGUGGAGAUCUUAAAGAGCAGACAAUCGUCACAGAAAGGUUUAACUCUUAACGAAAUUAGACGGAUGGAAUAUCUAUCGAAGGCCUUCGAUGAGACCAUGCGAUUAUGCGGCAUGCCAUUCGCAAUUUUCCGAAAGACAAACAAUGAUGUUGAAGUUGAUGGCUAUAUCAUACCCAAAGGAUGGAAAGUUUUGGUUUGGAACCGAGCUAUUCAUUUGAAUUCUGAAUUUUAUUCGAACCCGAAGGAUUUCAUUCCCUCGAGAUGGGAUAAUCUUAAACCAAAAGCUGGGUCUUUUAUUCCAUUUGGAGCAGGAAGUAGGACAUGUCCUGGAGCUGAUCUAUCCAAAGUCGAGAUGUAUAUCUUCAUUCAUUAUUUUGUACUAAACUACAGCUUUGAACAGAUCAAUCCGAAGAGCCCAGUUAUAUUUCCUAACCCUAGUCCUAUAGACAAUUGUCUCGCCAAGGUUACAAAGCUCCCGUGACCAUCAAAUAUGAAUGUCAUUGUCAUCAUAUAUAUAUAUAUAUAUAUAUAUAUAUUGUGGAUAGAAAAGCUAAUGUUUCGUGAAGGUUUUUACUCAUCUUCUCGUAGCUGCUCGUGGGCACUUUGAGUAGGAGGCAUAAGAUUAGUCCAUGGCUCUUCAUGGUGAUAUUUGAGUCGUUCUUCUGGGUUGUAUAGGUGAAGUGGAUGACUGGUUUGCGUGUUGAUUGCUUAUCUUUAGGAGGGUAUUUGUUUUCUGGUUCUGGUCGGUUAGGCAUUGCUUUUCACGAGUUCCAUGCUGGUUCUCUUUGGCUUUCCCGAUUGGAAGUUGGUUGUAUACUGUCUUCGGUAGGAUAUUAUUCCCAGUCUUUGGUGUUUUAGUUUUGAUUGGAUGAUGCUGCAGCUGCAGGUAGGCCUUUCAAAACAGUACUCAGGGUGGAUGCGGGAGUUGUCAAUUGUGGCAGCUGGCUUUCGUGUCUCGUGUUAGGCAUGGGGAGCUUGUUUGUGUUUUGAUUGUGAUCCAUUAGGUGUGUUUUAGUGUUUUUGUCCAGUGUGUUAGGGCCUUGUAAACCACUGUCCAGUGGUUCUUUUAAUAUUAAUAAAAUGAUUGCCUGAAAAAAAA